AUGUCUUCCUGCGUUUUCGCAAAGCCCCGGACGCCGCUCGAAAUCUACGGCCGAUCGUUGCCCAAUGAUGCAGACGCCGCUCCGAUGCUCUUCCCUAUGUACACCGUAGCUGCAGAUGUGCUGCUGAAGAUGACGAGGGUCGAGCCCCACGAGAGGUUGAAGGACAAAGGCGAGCUUGUCGUGUUCAGCGACGACUUGGGCCAAGCAGCAUUCGUCUCGCACCAGUGGCUUGCCAAGGAUCACCCGGAUCCUGAUUUCAAGCAGAUGCGUACCCUACAAAAUGCUUUGAAGCGCAUCCUUAACAGCUCUGGAUCGCUUUCCUUGGACUUCAUCACGGAAGCCUUGGUGCAAACGGCUAAGCCUCUUCCCAUGCGGGAAUUCCAGGUGCAGACGUUGUAUUUCUGGUACGAUUAUUUUUCAUGCCCACAGCCGGAAUGUCAAGGCAAAGCGUCCAACCAGAUGGAAUACCUCCACCAAGCUAAGGCAAUCAGCAGCAUACCGGGCUACAUAAGUGAGUGCCGCUUCUUCCUUGCGCUUUGUCCGGUGCUCGAGUGCCCCUUGCAGGGCAAGGUGCUAACAGCAGCGACAUGGAGCAGUAGGGGGUGGUGUCGCCUAGAACGAGCUGCGCGCGAGCUGUCGGCAAACAGCACCUGGGUUCUGAUUCAGAGCGAUGCCUCCAUAGAAGUUGUUGGAACAGCAUUGUCUUUUCCCAGCGGCAUAGUUGGGGAGGGCGACUUCGGCGUCGUGCAGGAUCGGCAGAAGCUUGCCCCGGUGAUGCGGCAAAUCCUGGCUAACAAAUUGCAUCAUUGCCUCCGAGUGGGCGACUUGGCCGGGUUCCGGCGCCACUUGAACCUCCAGAAGGUUCAUCUGCGAGGGCUUGUGAUCGAGCCGGUGACCGGCCUGCUGCCUAGCUGCGAGGCCCCUGGUGGUGAUGUAGUGGCGGAGUUCCUGCACCAGAACGGCUUCAGGAGGGUCCGUGAGGCCGACAAUGCAGGGUGGUGGCCUCUGCACUACGCAGCAUUGGCCGGCAAUGCAGAGUUACUGAAAGGGCUGCUGGAGAAGCGUGCCAGCGUGAACCGUCGCGCGUCGAAGGAUGAGCCGCUGCUGGGCUUUCCGCCUUGGGUGUCGGCUUUGGAUCUGGCGGUGUUCUACAAGCACCAGGAGGCCACACGGCUGCUUCUCGCGAUGAGAGCUCAAUUGCAGGGAGGAGUUUCGCCAGCCAUCAUCGGGGCGGCCACUUCGGACAAUGCGGAAGGUAUCCGGCUCCUGUGCGCAGCAGGUGCCAGGCCGCUGGCCACGAGUAUGAUUGGGUCCACUGUCUUGCAGUGUGCGGCAGGCAACGGAGCCGCAGCAGCUUUGGAGGAGCUGCUGGUGCAUGGUCGCCCAGGUUCGCUGGACCUUUCACGAGCACUCUUCGAUGCUGCUUUUUUUCGGGGUGGCUCAGCGGAGAUGGUGCGGCGUUUGAUUGGCCUUCGUGCCGACAUGGACUUUCAGAUGAAUGUGGCACGCGACUUCAAGGCAUUUGGUCGGCUGCUGUUUGCGGGGAAGUCCUUGCAGUACCGCCUCGGUCGGGCUACUGCUCUAUCGACUUUAGCCUAUCACUUGCAUGGUAGCACGCCUUUGAUGCAGGCCAUCCGGUCGGCUCAAUUCGAGGCGGCCGCGGCCCUGAUCGCCGCGGGUGCUAGGCUGGACCUCCGGAAUUCCAGGAAUUGGACCGCGGCGGACUUUGCCCGUGGUCAGUCGAUCCCGGCGUUUCUGCAGCUGGGCCUGGAGGGCGACCCAUCGGAGUGCCGAAAGGUGUCCUCGCUCGCAACUGGCGGUGGCUACGCUGAGGUUCCUUUCUGA